CCCCGUUUAACUCUGGACACGAUGAGCGAGAUCCCGGUGGUGGACUUCAGCGUGUACAGCCUCGAGCGUGACCCCGAGUGCGUUACCUCGGCCGAGCUGGAGAGCUUGAGCGCGCAGCUUCACGAGGCGUUCACGCGCAUUGGCUUCGUGUUUCUGAAGAACACGGGUAUCACGCACGACGAGAUAUCUCAUGUGUGGGCCGUGUCUCGUGAGUUUUUUUCUCUGUCUGAGGAGCAGAAGAGUGUGUACAGCAGGGGGCGCUAUGAGGACAACAGUAACCACGGCUGGGUCUCACUGCAGGCCGAGAGGUUGAACCCUAGUCGCCCUGGAGACCUGAAGGAGAGCUUCAACACCGUUGUGCUAUCUCCACACAUCCUGUGGCCCAAAGGUGGUGCUCUCUCAGACUUCCAGCAAGUGAAGACUUCUUUUUUCUACCGUUGCUCUGCUCUUGGCCUCAGAGUACUCCGUCUCCUUGCCAUCAGCCUCCACCUGGACCCAGAGACCUUUGUAAAGGAACACAGCAAGAUGGGAGAGAAGGGGAACUGUACGACUCUGCGUUCUCUCUUUUACCCCCCAAUUGAUCCGGACAAGGCCAAACCAGGUCAGCUCCGGUGUGGAGAGCACUCAGACUAUGGUAGCAUUACUCUACUGUUCCAGAGCUACCCAGGAAUCCAGGUGCGCAGUGUCUCUGGUGAGUUUGUCUCUGCUCCCUAUGUCCCUGGAGCUGUCCUUGUGAACAUUGCCGACCUGAUGCAGAGAUGGACCAGUGACACCUUUGUCUCUGUUGUCCAUCGGGUGCUGUUGUCUCCUCCUGGUGACUCCUCAGAGCGUCAGUCCGUAGCCUUCUUCAUGCAACCAGAUGACAGUGCUGUGAUUCGGUGCUGCGACGGCUCUGACAAAUAUCCUCCAAUCAGAUCAGACCUAUACCUCCAGCAGCGCUUUGAGGAUUCGUAUGGGAGGAAGUGAUGUCACCAAACCAAAGGAUCACACACUGUAUCAAUGGUUAAUAUGAGAUUGUAGGGUCAGGAGGGACACUGCUGAUGAAAUGAUGAAGUUUAGGAUCAGGGUUAUUUUUUAUUAGAAAAUGGUUUAUGGUUUAGUUUAAGGUUAGGGUUUCAGUUAAGUUUAGAAUUUAGGUUAGGGUUUGGAAGAUGUUUUGGAGUAGUUAACAUGUUGCAGAAGUAACUUUAAAACACAAAUAUGUCACCUACAGCCUUAUCUCAAUUUACAUCGUAAAUGAAAACAUAAGAUUAAAAAAUAUCACAUUUUAGGCCUGUUCAUAGCAUCUUACUGUGGCAACAGGAGCUACAGGAUCACUUCUAUCCCUCCAGACCAUACUAUCAGCACACAUAUACAUACAUAUACACUAUACACAAUGCACAUUGAGUAUUAAUACAGUUUGAGGAACUUAAACUGCAUGUGUGUGUAUAACAGAUUUUUAUAAUUUUGACUUCUUUUGGUGACCUUAUAAAAACUUAUAAAACUAUGUUGUAAAAAAUAUAAAUGAUAGUUUUACACAUCUCAUGAAGCAAUUUGUGAAGAAACACCAGAAGAAUUCUAAAUUCAGCACAAUUUGCACAACUCAUUUUUAUGAUGCUUUGAACAUUAUAUCAACAAAAUAGAGGUGUUCUGAUUUUAUUUGUCAACCGAAAUAUGUACACCUGUGGGCAGGACUGCUUUUAUCUGAUUCUUAAAGAGUAAAGUUUGUACUAAAGCCUCAGGGACUUUUAGAGAUAGUUUGUCAUGAACAUAGACAGUAUAUAUAAAUGGACAGAGCUAACCUGCUAGCUGCUGCGUUCCAAAUAGGAAGUGACCAUGGACACGUUUCCAGCUCCGUCAACUCUAGCCCCAAUUCACUUUGUGUAGAAAAAAUGCCACCAUUCGCUUUGUAACUGCUGCAUGUCAAGAUCUUCAAUUUGGUCUUAAAAUGUUUGUUUCAACCUGUUCAUAUGAUCCUGGUGUUUUUAUUUGGCUAUUUUGUCCAUAAAUCAAUUCCUAUUCCUGAUAUGGAACUCUGCUUCAAAUUUGCCCUUAUAACUGCUAGCCUUGUGAGCUUCAUUUGACUAGAGACGAAUGGUCCUUUAGUCCACUUUAUACAGUCUAUGGUCAUGAAUUAUUAAUAACAAUGAAAUAAAUUUAAACAUGUAAUAGCAAAAUUCAUUUUUAAAUUGUUCUUAAACUUAUUUAUUAUCAUAAUUACCUGGCCCCAGUUUCAGUACAUUUCCAUUGAAACUGACAUUUCUUUCAUGAUUUAUGUCAUGAUGACCUGCCUCUGUACCUGCCUGUGUACAACUCAGUGUUUCACUGCCUCGUUUUCUCAUUCUCUACCUUCUACUCUAGUUUGCUCCUUCUCUUGCAAGAGCUUUUCAUAUUUCCACAACAAAUACUUACUGUCAUUUUGCACAUGUCUUUUAUUAAGCACAUUCAGAACAGAAACAUCACAGUUUAUGGUUAAAUCA